AUGGCUGUUGCGCGCGACUCUACAUCUUCCACACGGUUUGCGCAGUUCAAGCUUGUGCUGCUGGGACUGGACAGCUAUAUGCUCCUGUCUCUGCUCGCCGACGGGCGCCUAUUUCGUCUGUCUUGUCAAACGACCGGAUGUACUGACUGUUUUGCUUAUCUAGGUGAAUCUGCUGUUGGAAAGAGUUCACUCGUUCUACGAUUUGUCAAGGAUCAAUUUGACGACUACCGGGAGUCCACCAUCGGUGCCGCUUUCCUCACCCAGACCAUCGCCCUCGAUGAGUCGACUACGAUCAAGUUCGAAAUCUGGGAUACCGCCGGUCAGGAGAGAUACAAGUCGCUAGCACCCAUGUAUUACAGAAAUGCCAACUGCGCUGUCGUCGUUUACGAUAUCACACAAGCUGCGUCGCUGGACAAAGCAAAGUCGUGGGUUAAGGAGCUGCAACGACAGGCCAACGAGAACAUCAUCAUCGCUCUCGCUGGCAACAAGCUUGACUUGGACGCAAAGAGACAGGUUGAGACAGCCGCCGCCGAGGCUUACGCCCGCGAAUCAGGUCUCCUCUUCUUUGAGACUUCCGCCAAGAGCGGCGAAAACGUCACCGAACUCUUCACUGCGAUCGCCAAACGUCUUCCUCUCGAAACUGCUUCUACCCGGCAACGGACUGCGCCGAAGGGCGUCGACCUCAACCGGCCAAACCGACGUGCCCCCGCGGCCAGCAACAACGGAUGCACUUGCUAA